CAUGCGUAUGUUAAUGAAUUCCAAUGAUUCGUAAAUAGGGCACUCAUGCACGCUCAUUCACAAUUACCACAAUCCCCGCCUAUGAACUACAGCUAUGCAAAUUGCGUGUCCAGGAACACAGUGGAAUAAUCUGGUCUACUUUCUCAGAUGUGAUGGCACUGAAAGAGGAGUGUGAAGUACUGAAUGAAAUGGAAGAGAAAGAACAGUAUGAUAAACACUGUGAUGUCAUAACUGGAGAAAUAUAUUUUAGUUGCUCACAGACUGAAAAAACUUCCUCACGAAAAAGGGCUCAGAAGACGGGGACUAAAAAUUAUUUAACCUGCUUUCAGUGUAGAAAGUGUUUCAAUCAACAUGGAAAGCUUGAAAUCCAUGUGAGAAUUCACACUGGGGAGAAGCCAUACACAUGCCCACAAUGUGGAAAGAGUUUCAAUCAAGAUGGAAACCUAAAAGUCCACAUGAGAAUUCACACUGGAGAGAAGCCUUACACAUGCCCUCGGUGUGGAAAGAGUUUUGAUCUACUUGGAAAGCUUAAAGUUCACAUGGCAAUUCACACAGGAGAGAGCCCUUUUACAUGCCAACAGUGUGGAAAAAGUUUCAAACAAAAAGGAAACCUUAAUAACCACAUUAGAAUUCACACAGGAGAGAAGCCUUACACAUGCCCUCUGUGUGAAAAGAGUUUCAAUCAAGAUGGAAACCUUAAAGCCCACAUGAGAAUUCAUUCUGGGGAGAAGCCUUACACAUGCCCUCAGUGUGGAAAGAGUUUUGAUCUACAUGGAAACCUUAAAGCCCACAUGAGAAUUCAUUCUGGAGAAAACCCUUUCACCUGCCAACAGUGUGGAAUACGUUUCAAUCAAAAAGGAAGCCUUAACAGGCACAUGAGAAUUCACACUGGAGAGAAGCCAUUUACCUGCCAACAGUGUGGAAAAUGUUUCACCCGAAGAGGAAUCCUUAAUGACCACAUGAGAAUUCACACCUGAGAAAGGCCUUUUACCUGCCAACUGCAAGGAAUAAGUUUCACUUAAAAAGUAAUCCUUAACAGGCACUUGAGGAUUCACACAUACAACAAUACAUAUACAUACAAAUGUUUUUGUUGUAGAAAUG